UGUUGAUCUUCUGCAUAAAAAGUAACACUUCAAAAGCAUACCUUUGUUAACGACAAUCAUCACUUCAACACUUCAAUAAAACAAUCAUGGCCAGCAGUGCUGAACUGCAAUUCCAAUUAGGACAAUUGAUACCAGCAUUACACCUUGUUGAAACCGAAGAUUCAUGGCAAAAGAUUGAUGGUGCAUUGAGCAAGCUAGAAACAAUUACAAAAUCAGGAGCCUACAAAAAUGAAGCAUUCGUUCCACUUAUCAAAGAACAUUCAGCUCCAAUCGUUACUUCUUUAUUAUCCGAACGAACAAAAUUAUCAGGAUCAGCGGCUGAUUUGCUCACCUCAGUAGCGCCUAGACUUGCUAAUCGAUUCGAACCUUUGAUCAGCACAUUCAUUCCUCCACUUUUACAACUUUGUGCGAGGACAAACAAAGUGGCAUUAGUUCGGGCAAAGAAGUGUUUAUUACUCAUUGCCAAACAUUGCAAGCUAGCAUCGCUGCUAUCAUAUCUACGAGACGCAGCACGGGACAAAUCCAUCACGCUACGAAAUGUGGCCGUAGAAGUAACGUUGAUGUUGGUGGAAUCGAUUGAAAAUCUGGAAAAGUUGGAAAGAAGGGUGGGAGAUAUAGAAGUGAUCAUCAAGAGUACAGCGACAGAUCGUGAUCCAGAAGUAAGACAAUGGUCAAAAAGAAUGUUUGAAUUGUACGGUGAACGAUUCCCGUACAGGUUGGAUGAAUUCACUGCGCCAUUAACACCAACUACGAGGAGGUACCUUGCAUUAAAGAACACAGACAGACAAGCUGGUCCGUCAAACUUUUCAGUCAAGCCUAUACCACGCAAUCCAGUCGAACAACAGAGACCUCGUGCAUCACCGGAGAAAGUCAUUCGUGCAGUUUCAGCCUCUUCGAAUAAACAACCAACUCACACUACAGUAAAGAGACAGAGAGAUGCAUCUGCGUCCGCACGUUCAACGAGUGCCCAACACGUAAAGCAAUCUUCCCGAUCUGUGUCUACCUCCUCUAAAUCGACUCAGAACACACCGAGUAGCGAUAAAGAGACUCGAAUGCAGGAUAUCCCACCGCCUGUGCCUGUGCUACCCAGUAUAGACCCGGCAGAAGAGCGAGAAAGAGCGAUAUUGAAAGCAGAAGUGGCACGAAUGACAUCGGCAACGCCGAGCAGAGGUAUUGCCGCUCGUCUUGCAUUGGAACAAUUUGAGAUGAAAGUACGAUCGAGAGGCGGAACAGAUGGUUUGAAAGCGGGAUCUUCUUCAAGAGCUGCUCUUACUGCCUUUGCUGUGGCAGCAUCAAAGAAACACUCGUCGCCGAAAAGGAUGCCUGCCAGAGUUCCUUUGCCGCGGCAGCCAUUGGAAGAGCGAAAGAAUACGAAAGUCGAAUCAAAGAGUACCGUUAUGCCGCAGAGGGUUGUACGAUCGCCCGUUGAUCCUGUUUCUAGACCAACAUCACCAGACGUAUUUGGAAGUCGACCGAUACCAAAAGAGGCAACUCAGCGCAAUAAAACGCCAGCUACAGCCACUGCCUCGAAGAGGACGAGCACACUGACAAAGAAUAUGGGAGCACGUGGAAAGCUGUUAGGGAACGCUACAACAUCUUCAUCAUCUACAGCUCUGAAACAACGCCAAAAACCUGCAGUAAAGAGUGCAAUCCCCGUUGCAUCUCCACGACCAAAGUUCUUUGCAUCGCCUCCUUCUGCAAGAAAGGCGAAUCGGGAAGACGAAUUGAAUCAACUGGGCGACAUCAUGGAAGCGCUUACCGUGACCGGAGAGCAGGAAGAUGCAGACAAAGAAAACGUGCCGGAUGUAGUGAUGAAGUCGAAUGACUCGCACACAAAAAAGGAAACCACACCACCUCUACCAGAGAGAAGAAGUAGCUCUGAUUCUAAACGAAGAUCAUGUGAAUUGGAACCCCUUCAAACAAUCAACGGUACGGAUGAUGCAAAACGGAUGAGGAUACAAUCUCCAAGUUCGAUCAUUCAAUCUAGACCAAUCCUUUCACCACGUUCCGUCAAAAAAAUUGUCAGGCCUGCAUUCACUUUUGGUAGAAUGGCACCUUUAGUAGUUUCAGGAAAGAAGAUAUAAAGUUUGGAAAAUGAAAUGUG